AUGACGUGCAUAGCUGACACCGAAAAAAUCCCAAUAAAGACGGGCUUAGUUACAUCAGACAAGAUUACAGCAACAAGAAAAAAGCCAUGCACAGCUUUGUCUGAAACAUGUAAAGUGAACCUCCCACGCCCAGACGGACAGACGUUUCAUCAUGAUGAUGUUGAGCCACGUCACUCAAUCCACUCCCAAGGGGAGGGGAUGGGCAGCAGGUCCAAAGUACGCGGCCGGGACUUUGCAGCUGGAGACCACGUACCUAUCGUCAAUCCUCAGCCAAUCGUACGCAUGGAAGCCCAAUGGUCACCUUUUUUUCAUACCGCACUUAAGCUACAUCAGCCAAAUACCGGCAAUUAG